UUUGUUUGUAAGGGACUUGAUCCGACUUUAUUAAAAGUAAAUAUUGCUCUCAAGGAUUAACCCAAGAUUAUCAAGCAAAGCAGAAGAAAGUUUAUGAAAGAUAUCUACGACAGGUCUAAUUGAACGAUGCUCUUUGGCUCUUUUUGUCAGAUUAAAAGAUUGUUAGAGCGGAAAGGAAAAAUGUAUUGGUCAACGUCAAAAGUUUGUUCUUUUUUUGUGUUUUAUUUUUCUUAUUGUCAUUUCACCACUUUCAACAAUUUUAACGUAAUGGCGCUUUGUCAAGUAUGUGAACAAGAAGAGUCCAAAUAUAAAUGUCCUAAUUGUCGAUUACCAUAUUGUUCACUUGUUUGUUUUAAAAAGCAUAAAGAAACACCAUGUCAUGUUGAACAAGAUGAUCAAGAUAACAGCACAAUACAGACCAGAAAAGAUAUCAAGGCAGUAGGAGAUCCAGAAGAUGAAGAUCCUAGUCGUCUGACAUCGGAAGAUCUACAAAGACUGAUUCAUUCUGAUAAAGUACACGAAUUUCUUGAAUAUUCUCAAAUUAGAAAACUCGUUAAAAAGAUUGACAGUUCACCUAAUCCAGAAAAAGUGUUGGACACCAUUCGAGCUGAAGAUCCAGUGUUUGAAGAGUUCGUACAGACAUUAGUAGAGAUUACGUUUAAACACAAGUUGGAGAAUAAAAAGGUGUAAUUCUAGACCGUUAUUUUUUUUUGGUUACUGUUGCUACUAUAAAAAGAAAUCAUUGCAAAU